AUGAGUCUCCUCCUCCGCCACUCCCCAACCGAAUGGGUCGACACUCUCGCACGAAUCCCCUUCCGACGGAAUACCAUCCGUUGGUUCCACAUUACAGGGUUUGGAAGAGAACGGUUGGUCAUUGAAGAAUACAUGCCGGGCGGAACGCUGCCGGAACGCCUCUUUCCCACGAAUAGUCGAGGGGAGCAGCACGUCACCGCAUACUGGUCUGAAGGGUCUAACCCAUCAGACAACGUGAGGCCCUGGUACAUGGCAAGAUCGGAUAUCAUGGCAGAGGAUGGGUAUCACUUGCUCCGACCCGAGGAGCUUCUUUACGAGUCACAGAGGAUCAUUGAUGCUCCAGGAACCUCCGGAAAUAUUGCACGUCCCCCCGUCAAAUCCCUCAUCCUCUCCCUCCCUGUGCUCAGAGAAUCGCCCCUAGCACCAAUUCCCCUCCUCGCACCUUCACCACCCCUUCCCCCUCUCCAGCUUGACAUCCCGGUGCCUUUUCAACACGCGGUCUCGGCCGAAAGGACCAUGGCAGUUGAAGAACGGGCAAUGGCCGCGCUCCCCCAUGCCUACACCGACCCCUUCCCGGGAAACCGGCUCGCCCCUAUUCCCAACUUGGAAGAAGACGAUCCCAUGCUCCCCGCUAGUCCCCCUUACGACCCCAAACAAACCGUCCAGGAUCGCGAGGCUCCACCCCCUGUUACACCCUCAUCCACGACCUUCGUCGAGGAAGGCCCCACCCCUACUGAGCCUGUCGACGCGCCCUCCUCCCAACCUGCGACGGUCCCAGUCACGUCGGAAGAUUGGCGCUGGAGUAGUGGAACUCCAUACCAAGGGAGGAGAGGUGGAGACAGAGAACAGGAAGGGAAGACGGAGAGACGGAGACGAAGGGCAGAGACGGAGGCAGAGACCGGAGCAUCGAGAGAAGCCACAGGGUUAAGCCUUAACUCGCCUGAAUCCUCACCCUCACCCCUACCACCACUUACAUACAACGUCACCCCAAUCCUUUCCAACAUCACCACACCAAACAAAACAAACUCAGACAGCUCCGACGACGAAGACGCAAUGCCUGCAAACCCCCCGUCCACAUGGUUCUAUGGCGACGGCCGCACCUGCGAAAACCCUGGAGAUUUCAUUAAGCAGGUCGAGCAAGGCUUCACAGAGAAGUCCACAGACACCCACAAGGUUGACAAAGUCGGCCAGUACCUGAAAUCGGGAAGCCCGGCAGAAAAAUGGUACGAGGACGAACUUUCUCCCGUUGACAGCGCUACCUGGAAAUCCUUCAAAGCAGCGUUCUUCACCCGGUGGCUGAAACUCAAAGCUGUUGUCAAAACCCGCGCCGAAAAAAUCAUGACGCUCCAAGCCCACAAGCUGACGGAAGCCGAAGCAGUAAGGAAGGUAGAAAUGGAUGGAACAGAAGAGUGGGGGUACAUCCAAUGGGCGGAUCGGGUCUUGGUCCUAGCAAACGCCGUCGUAGACAGCGACGGAAUGCUCAUUGAAGGAGUUCGCAAGGACCUACCCAUGAGCGUGGCCGCUCUUGUCACUGGGACGUACACAACGUGGAUCAACUUCACUGACGCAGUACGACAGAUUCGCCCCGACGAUCUACUACGAGCCCAGGUGAACAAUGCCCGGUUGGCCGCGGUAGAAGAGGAGCUGCGACGCCCCGUCCCACCACGACAAAACACGUCUAAUGCCGAACUCCAACGCAUGAUGGAAUGCAUGUCUAUCAACUCCCAACCCCCCGCUUUGCGAGCACCUCCCUACCCCGCAAAUAGAAGCACAUUCCCCGCAAACAACCCAUACCACAGCACACACCCCCAACCCACCAUAACACGCCCACAGCGUGCAUCCAACACGGAGCGAUUGGCAAUCGCACGCAGGAAUCAGCUCCCACAGCACGCCAAGAACCCAGCGGGAAUGACGUUAUACCAGCAGCAGGUCACGGACUGGCACGCAGCCAACCCCAAUGGCAGGUCGGACGAACACCGACCCUACCCCCUCACCCCGGGCACCGCACCUGUCGCUACCGGAGAAUGCUGGAAGUGCGGAAUGACAGACCCCCGUCACAGAGGCGACGAGUGCACAGGACAAGCAGUACCGGACAACGAACGCAGGUGGCGAAUGAUUGCAUCCACCAUCAGCCGUCCAGCACCGCCAACCGCCGUUCGGUACGUAUACAUCCAGCCCGAGUACUACGACUUGUAUGAGCACGAACCUCGCGAUAACAUGAGAUGGAGGGAAGCAAUGGACGAGGCGGGAAAUGGAGAUGGGCCGGCAGCUUAG